UCGCGCAGAGCAGUUAUGGCGGAUCCCGCAGCGCCCGCUCCCGCUCCCGCUCCCGCCCAGGCCCCGGCCGCCGCCGCCCCGACCCCGGCCGCAGCCCCCGCCGCCGCCCCGCCGCCCGCUCCCGCCACGGACUCGGCCUCAGGGCCGUCCUCCGACUCCGGCCCCGAAGCGGGCUCGCAGCGCCUGCUGUUCUCUCACGACCUGGUGUCCGGCCGUUACCGCGGCUCCGUGCACUUCGGGCUGGUGCGCCUCAUCCACGGCGAGGACUCGGACUCGGAGGGCGAGGAGGACGGCCGCGGCAGCUCGGGCUGCUCCGAGGCCGGGGGCGCGGGCCACGAGGAGGGCCGGGCCAGCCCGCUGCGGCGCGGCUACGUGCGCGUCCAGUGGUACCCGGAGGGCGUCAAGCAGCAUGUGAAGGAGACGAAGCUGAAACUAGAGGACCGUUCUGUGGUACCCCGGGAUGUGGUCCGCCACAUGCGUUCAACUGACAGUCAGUGUGGCACCGUGAUAGACGUCAACAUUGACUGUGCUGUCAAGCUCAUUGGCACCAAUUGCAUCAUCUACCCUGUCAACAGCAAGGACCUCCAGCACAUCUGGCCCUUCAUGUAUGGAGACUACAUCGCCUAUGAGUGCUGGCUGGGGAAGGUGUACGACUUGAAGAACCAGAUCAUCCUCAAGUUGUCUAACGGUGCCAGGUGCUCCAUGAACACAGAAGAUGGUGCCAAGCUCUACGAUGUCUGCCCACAUGUCAGCGACUCGGGUCUCUUCUUUGAUGACUCCUAUGGCUUCUACCCAGGCCAAGUGCUUAUUGGCCCUGCCAAGAUCUUCUCCAGUGUCCAGUGGCUCUCGGGGGUCAAGCCUGUACUCAGCACCAAGAGCAAGUUCCGUGUAGUAGUGGAGGAGGUACAGGUUGUAGAGUUGAAAGUCACAUGGAUCACCAAGAGUUUCUGCCCUGGGGGCACGGACAGCGUCAGCCCCCCACCUUCUGUCAUCACUCAGGAAAACCUAGGCAGGGUGAAGCGUCUCGGAUGCUUUGACCAUGCUCAGCGGCAGCUUGGGGAGCGCUGUCUGUAUGUCUUCCCAGCCAAGGUAGAGCCGGCCAAGAUUGCCUGGGAAUGUCCAGAAAAAAACUGCGCCCAGGGGGAGGGCUCUAUGGCCAAGAAGGUGAAGCGCCUGCUAAAGAGGCAGGUUGUGAGGAUCAUGUCCUGCGCCCCAGAUACCCAGUGUCCUAGGGACCAUUCCAUGGAGGACCCAGACAAGAAAGGGGAAGCCAGAGCCAGGAGUGAAGGAGGAUCUGCCAGCCCCGAUGAGCAACCUGAUGGGUCAGCCAGCCCGGUGGAGAUGCAGGACGAGGGGUCAGAGGAGCCUCAGGAGACAGGAGAGCCCCUGCCCCCCUUCCUGCUAAAGGAGGGUGGAGACGAUGGGCUGCACUCAGCAGAGCAGGAUGCAGAUGAUGAGGCUGCGGAUGAUACAGAUGACACCAGCUCAGUGACCUCCUCUGCCAGCUCUACCACCUCCUCCCAGAGCGGCAGUGGCACUAGUCGUAAAAAGAGCAUCCCCUUGUCCAUCAAAAACUUGAAGCGAAAACACAAGAGGAAGAAGAAUAAGAUCACCCGUGACUUCAAGCCUGGAGACAGGGUGGCCGUGGAGGUGGUGACCACGAUGACCUCAGCUGAUGUGAUGUGGCAGGAUGGCUCUGUGGAAUGCAAUAUCCGUUCCAAUGACCUCUUCCCCGUGCACCACCUGGACAACAACGAGUUCUGCCCUGGAGACUUCGUGGUGGACAAGCGAGUCCAGAGCUGCCCAGACCCUGCUGUGUAUGGUGUGGUGCAGUCUGGGGACCAUGUUGGCCGCACCUGCAUGGUGAAGUGGUUCAGGCUGCGACCUAGUGGGGAUGACGUUGAGCUCAUUGGAGAAGAGGAGGACGUGAGUGUCUAUGACAUUGCUGACCACCCUGACUUUCGCUUCCGCACAACUGAUAUUGUCAUCCGCAUUGGCAACACUGAGGAUGGGGCUCUGCCCAAGGAGGAUGAGCCAUCAGUGGGCCAGGUGGCCCGAGUAGACGUCAGCAGCAAGGUGGAAGUGGUGUGGGCCGACAACUCGAAAACCAUCAUCCUGCCACAGCACUUAUACAACAUCGAGUCCGAGAUUGAGGAAUCAGACUACGAUUCAGUAGAAGGCAGCACCAGUGGGGCAUCUUCAGACGAGUGGGAGGAUGACAGUGACAGCUGGGAGACAGACAACGGGCUGGUAGAUGAUGAGCACCCCAAGAUAGAAGACCUUGCCAGCCUACCCACGGAGCAGCCGGCAGCCCCUGAGGAGGACAAAGGGGUCGUUAUCAGUGAAGAGGCAGCCACAGCUGCCAUCCAGGGAGCUGUGGCCAUGGCUGCCCCCGUGGCAGGGCUGAUGGAGCGAGCUGGUAAGGAAGGUCCUCCCAAGAGUUUCCGGGAGCUGAAAGAGGCUAUCAAGAUCCUAGAAAGCCUCAAGAACAUGACCGUGGAGCAGCUGCUUACAGGCUCCCCGACCUCACCCACUGUGGAGCCUGAGAAGCCGACCCGGGAGAAGAAGUUUCUGGAUGACAUCAAGAAGCUACAGGAGAACCUCAAGAAGACCCUAGACAAUGUGGCCAUUGCUGAGGAGGAGAAGAUGGAGGCAGUGCCCGACACAGAACGCAAGGAAGAUAAGCCUGAGCUUCAGUCACCAGUGAAGGCUGAGUGGCCCAGUGAGACACCAGUGCUCUGCCAACAGUGUGGUGGAAGACCUGGUGUCACCUUCACCAGUGCCAAGGGCGAAGUGUUCUCUGUGCUGGAGUUUGCUCCCUCAAACCACUCUUUCAAGAAGAUUGAGUUCCAACCUCCAGAAGCCAAGAAGUUUUUCAGCACAGUACGGAAGGAGAUGGCUCUGCUGGCCACCUCACUGCCGGACGGCAUCAUGGUCAAGACUUUCGAGGACAGAAUGGACCUCUUCUCAGCGCUGAUCAAGGGCCCCACUCGGACUCCCUAUGAAGAUGGCCUCUACCUGUUUGACAUCCAGCUGCCUAACAUCUACCCAGCAGUGCCCCCCCACUUUUGCUACCUCUCCCAGUGCAGCGGCCGCCUGAACCCGAACCUGUAUGACAAUGGGAAGGUGUGCGUCAGCCUCCUGGGUACCUGGAUUGGAAAGGGGACAGAGAGGUGGACAAGCAAAUCCAGUCUUCUCCAGGUGCUCAUCUCCAUCCAAGGUCUGAUCCUGGUGAAUGAACCGUACUACAAUGAAGCUGGUUUUGAUAGUGACCGGGGCCUGCAGGAAGGCUAUGAGAACAGUCGCUGCUACAACGAGAUGGCAUUGAUCCGUGUGGUGCAAUCCAUGACCCAGCUGGUACGACGGCCUCCUGAGGUCUUCGAGCAGGAGAUCCGGCAGCACUUCAGUGUGGGUGGCUGGCGGCUAGUGAACCGAAUUGAGUCCUGGCUGGAAACCCACGCCAUGCUCGAGAGGGCCCAGGCACUGCCCAAUGGGGUCCCUAAAGACAGCAGCUCUCUGGAGCCCCUGGCUGCAGCUGAACUCUCAGAAGAGCCUGAGGAUGUCGGGAUGGCUCCUGGGGAGGCCUCCCAGGGCUCAGACUCGGAGGGUGGUGCCCAAGGUCCUGCCUCAGCCAGCAGAGACCACACAGAGCAGACUGAGACAGCCCCUGAUGCAUCAGUACCGCCCAGCGUUAGACCAAAGAGGAGGAGGAAGAGCUACCGCAGCUUCCUGCCUGAGAAGAGCGGUUACCCUGACAUCGGCUUCCCGCUCUUCCCGCUCUCCAAGGGCUUCAUCAAGAGCAUCCGGGGGGUCCUGACACAGUUCCGUGCUGCCCUGCUGGAGGCAGGCAUGCCAGAGAGCACAGAGGGCAAGUAGCUGGCAGCGCUUGAAAAAGGAGUGUCAUGACAGGAGAGGCGAACGCUGCCUGCUCCCUCUUUCCGAGAUCCUGCCCCUCUUCCUGCCCCUUCCUGUCCCCAGUUGGAGCCUCUAUUGCCUUCUCCUCCCUACGGCAAGUUUGAUGCUGACGUGCAAGAAGUGUCCCAAGAUGCUGCGUUCUGUCCCUCAGUGACGUUUCAAAGGCAGGUCCC